AUGCUCACCGAACUCCGUCACAUGCGCGCUCUGCGAGUGGUUGUGUUGCUACCGCUCCUGCUUGUCUGCAGUGGUCUCGCUGAAGCAUUCUAUAUUCCCGGCUGGUCUAUAAAGAGCUAUGGCGACAAGGAGCAGAUUCCCCUGCUUGUGAACAAGGUGUACUCUGACAACACACAACUGCAGUAUGCCUAUUUUGACCUUCCAUUCGUCUGCCCACCGACGGGUCAGCGUCGCUACGGCGGGCUCCUCAGCGGCCAGAGCAUCCCUCUCAACAUCGGCGAGGUACUGCGCGGCGACCGCAUUUCGACCUCCGACAUCGACAUCAGCAUGGGCCAGAACAACGAGUGCAGCUACCUCUGCACGCGCCAAAUCUCCCGCAGGGAACUUAACCGCGCCAAGGAAAUGGUUCGCGACGGCUACGUCGUCGAGUGGAUCGUCGACAACCUCCCCGGCGCCACCAGCUUCGUCACCGUCGACAAGACCCGCAAGUACUACGCCGCCGGUUUCAAGCUGGGCUUCACCGACUCGUCCUCCGGCCGGUCGCGGUACUUCCUGAACAACCACCACACCAUCGUCCUCCGCUACCGCAAGGCUCCCGGCCGGGCUGGCGACCGUGGCAACAAGGUGAUUGUCGGCUUCGAGGUGUACAGCAAGAGCAUUGGCCCCAGCAACCGCCGGCUCGAGAGCGGCUGCCCGGCCAGCCUGCGCAACAUUGACCAGAACUUUGAGCUCUACCUCGCCCCCAACCGCACUUCCACCGAAGACCCCAAUCGCUACGCCAAGUCGUCGUACCGCCCCAAUCCGGCUGACGAGAUCAUCGACGAGGACGACGGUGCCCUCUUGUCGAUCCCCUACACAUACUCAGUCUACUUCCAGGAAGACAACUCGGUCGACUGGAGCCGCCGCUGGGACCUGUACUUUGUGAACCAGGAGGAGGGUUCCAAGAUCCACUGGCUGGCCAUUAUCAACUCGCUCAUCAUCUGCGGCCUGCUGACCGGCAUUGUGCUCAUGAUCUUUGCCAAGACGAUACGCAGCGACAUCAAGGGCUACAAGGACGCUGCGGUCGAGGAGGGCAAGGGCCGCAGACGCCGCGGCCGGCGCACGGCCGGCACGGCUGGUUCCGGUGCGGGUUCCGCAACACCGACCGGCGGGGACAAGAUGCUUGUGUCCAGCGUGGGUGUCGGCUCGGGCGGUCUGCUCGACCAAGACGGCGGCGGCAGUGUCGACAUGAGUGCCCUCGAUGCCGACGUCCUGUCCUCGGACGACGAGGCGCUCGAGGACGUCACCGGCUGGAAGCUGCUGCACGGCGAUGUUUUCCGGAAGCCAGCCUAUGGCUCCCUGUUAGCCCCCUUGAUUGGCUCUGGCAUGCAGCUUCUCUUUAUGGCAUUUGGGCUGGUCUUCCUGAGCGCUGUCGGUGUGCUCAACCCCAGCUUCCGCGGCGGUUUCAUCAGCUUCGGUGUCGGCCUCUUUGUGUUUGCCGGUGUCUUCUCGGGCUAUUUUUCUGCACGCGUGUACCGGACCUUUGACGGCCAGAACUGGCGCCGCAAUACGUUUGUGACGGCCAUUCUGUUCCCGGGUCUGAUCUUCAGUGCCGUCUUUGUGCUCAACCUGUUCGUUUGGGCCCAGGCCUCGAGCACGGCCAUUCCCUUUGGUACCCUCGUCGGCAUCCUGGUGCUGUGGCUCUGCAUCCAGAUGCCCCUCGUCUAUGCCGGCGCCUGGUACGGCUACGUGCGCGUCGGCCCCUGGGAGCACCCGACCAAGACGGGCGCCGUGCCGCGCCAGAUCCCCCGCCAGGCGUGGUACAUUCGCGACAUCCGCUCCGUGCUGCUCGCCGGUCUUAUUCCGUUUGCCGUCAUCUUCAUCGAGCUUCUCUUUGUCUUCCAGUCGCUGUGGCAGGACAAGAGCGGCUACUACUACGUAUUCGGGUUCCUGGCUGUCGUGUCGACCAUUCUGAUCCUGACCAUUGCCGAGGUGACUGUCAUCACGAUCUACAUCCAGCUAUGCUCGGAGAAUUAUCACUGGUGGUGGCAGUCCUUUAUGGUGGGUGGCGGCAGCGCGAUAUGGGUCUUCUUGUACUGCAUCUGGUACUACUUUGCGAAGCUGCACAUCACCGGCUUCGUGAGCAGCCUGCUCUUCUUCAGCCACAGCUUCAUUGCAUGCUGUGUCUAUGCGCUGCUGACGGGCACCGUCGGCUUCUUGAGUACCUACGCAUUUAUGCGGAGAAUCUACGGGUGA